AUGCAAAAUGAGAUGGAGAAAGUGCAGGAAGAAUUACUCAACAAAAAGGCGAUCCCUGUUUGGCCCAAGCCAAGGGCUCGUAAGGCGACUAAACCUGUAGUAAGGAGUGGUGAUGAUCAUACUGACAACAUGAUGGAGGCUGAUGAGGCAAACGACCUCCAGGAGGCUGUCGAGACCAUGGAGGCUGUCGAGAACAUGGAGGAUGGAACCACAGGAGCAAAAAAGAGGAAGGUAACAAAGAAAGGCAGAAAGCCGCUGAUAAAGGACGCUAUCAGUAACAUGCAGAAGAAGAUCAACGAAGCACCAUCAAAAUUGGAAGGCACUGCCUCCACUGCAGCAACUUCGGAUGCACAGGUCCCAAUUCGCAAGCCUGUGGUUCCUGUUGCAGAAGCCCUCAUUGGCGACUUUGCAGAUGAUAUUGAUGAUACGUUGGAGUGCAAGGCCACUAUUGCGCAAGGCAAGGGGAAAUCGAAGGUGGCCUCGAUAUUCGAAGAUAAUGUGGACUUUGACAAGCCUAAUGCUCCGGUAGGGUAUGAGCCGGAUGAUGAUUCUGUGACUUCAUUUACAGAACAGGAAUGGUACUUGCAGGGGCCUCAGGCUCCAUUCACGCAGAUCGACAAUCACAGGAUCCUCAAGCAGAAAGCUAGCGGGCCUCAGGCUCCAUUCACGCAGAUUGACAAUCGCAGGACCCUCAAGCGGAAAGCUAGCGUGGAUGACGUCUUAGAUGACGACGAGGAGUCUAUGGUUUCUGACUGGUCCAUGGAUAUUGAAGGCCCCGAUUUUGAAGACACAUUCAAGCCUGAGCCCAAGCCUGAGCCUCCAGUGGUAGUGAAGAAGGAGAAAGAUCCGUGCAUGACAUUUUCAACAUCGGUAUCGGUUGUGACUUCUGUCGCUGACAGCAAAUCACCUGCUCCCAAAAAAAUCAAAGUCGGGGCACCCACUGCAUGUGCCCAUGGCACUCCCACCAUCAAACGCCAGCUCAAUGUGGACACUGUGCCGGAGAACAUGAAACCUUGUAGUGCAUAUUGUAACGUUGAUUUACCUGCCACGAUGCAGGUAGAUCAACGCUGGGCAAAGAAAUAUCUUCCUACCGCCAUGUUAUGGGCUGGAAGUUAUGAAGAUCUCUGGACUAUCCCAGACGACAUUCUUCUCCUUCAUGCGCAGCUAAUUUUUAACGCAGUAUACAAGGAGCUCAACAUCACUAUUGUUCAUGGUAGUGUGAUUCAUUCCCUCACUGCGCAGCGAAUUUCUGAAUGGCGCAGCAACUUCAGCUCAAUGGGCCUGCUGUUGGGCACAGCGCAUCUUAAUGCCAUCAGUGGGUAUGUUGAGGUUCCCAACCUCGACACACACGCACUUGCAACAGGUGCCACCAAGAUGUCGGGUGUUAUUGCUAUCUGUGCUGCAGCUAUCGAGCGUGCCCUGGGAAUGUUCACAAACAAGAAUUUGAAAGCCAAAGAUAUCUUGGUGUCCAGUGCGAGAGGCAAACUUGUCAUCAAACUACUGAAAGUCCUCAACAAGGUCACCGGGAAGAUGACUAAUGCCCCAUUUUUGUUUUCAGCAGCUCGCUGGGCCAAAGUCACCACAUCAUUCAUCAAAUCUAUCUCGAGCAAGCCUGCUGGGUAUGUAGAGACCACAGUACAGAUGGCACAUGCUUGUACUGCCUUAAAUGAUGCCAUUGAAUCACAGCAGGACUCACUUAACGACGACGAGUCGGAGGACGAUGAGUGCGCUAUGCUUUGCUUGUGCCACUUUAUCUGGUUUUUUAAGUGCAAUAAGUGUGAAAUAAGCGAAAAUUCAGAGAUGGAGUGGGCUUAA